CCACGAAAAGCCAUACGUCAACAACAAGCCACUGUUCUAAAACAAGCAACUAAUUUACGUGUAGAAAUAUGUGAAGAUGAACAAGUCGUUCACAAUUGUGUUGUUCAUAAUGAUAUUAUUGUUUUAACACCUCAAAAACUUGUAAAUAGCUUGAAAAAUGGUCAUAUGAAAUUAUCUGAUAUUGAUAUGAUGAUUUUUGAUGAAUGUCACAAUACAUCGGGUGGAAAUCCAUAUUGUGAAAUUAUGAAAUAUUAUCUAUGUCCAAGUCUGCAAAAUUUCGAAAAUUCAACAAAACCAAUUGUUAUUGGAUUAACAGCAACAAUUGGCUCUAAAGAUUCAAGUGAAAAGAAACAUCCAGUUCUAGAUAAUCUAGUCAGUAUUUGCAGCAAGUUAGCAUGUUGUACGAUUUCAAUAGUGCAAAAUUUAGAAAAUAUUCAAGAAGUAGAUUCAUUGAUACCUCGACCAUCAAAUGAUUCAUUUGAAUUUGUCAGAAAAACACAAUAUAAUCGAUAUUUUUACGAUUACAUUAAACUGAUGAAAGAUUUAUUGACAGUAAUUGCAGAUAUAUUAGAACAUAACGAAUGUUUAGCAUCUCACGAAAUGGGCACAUCGAGUUACAUUCAACAAUUAGUCAUUUUAGAAGAAUAUGCACAAAAACUUGGACAAGUAUCAUCUGUGAGUAUUUGUGAGUAUUUAAUUUGUUUAUCAAAAAAGUUUUUGGCAUUCUACGAUUUACCAUUUGAUAUGGUAUUAAAUGAAAUAAAUAAACAAAUUGAUAUUUAUUAUAAACGAAACAAAAAUCCGUAUCCUGUUGAAACAUUGGUGUAUAAUUAUUGUAAAGAAACAUUAAACAAAAUUCUAACAGAAUAUUCGUCGAAUCCAGCCGCAAAUUCAAAAUUAAAUGAUUUAAUUACGUUAUUGGAAGGACAUGCAAAUGGUAAAGCGAAAGGUAAUAAUCGUAAAAACGAUGCAUUAUGA